AUCUCUCUUUUUUCAUUAAAACGGAAGUAAUGCAGUUGUAAACAUGGCCGAUGAAUUAGUGGGAGGACGGAGAUUUUCUUAUCAAUUCUUGAAGAAAUGCGAACCAGAAGAAAUGUAGGAACAUAUGAGUGGAUUUGUGGGAAAAUAUUAAAAUAGUGCUGCCAUGGCAACUAAACGACCCAGUCUGAAGGACCGAAUGAUUGAAAAAAUCAACUCAGGAACGGCAAGAUUCCGGACAGGGAGCACAGAGGAACUGUCAACAGGAUCCGACACAGAGAACAAGAAAAGCACCAAAACGACAAGCUGGUACACACACCCUCAGCCAGGAAGCAUAGAAGGUCAAGGUCAGACUGAAAAGGUCAAGGCCACAGAAGAGUCACACAGUGGUGCUGUAAAUAAUGGGAAGAAACCGAAGAAGGUACAGCCGGCAGACACAGAGGAAUACAAGGUCUCUGAGAAUGACACGCUUGCCUCCAUUGCGGCCCACUUUGAUACGACCCCCACAGAACUGCAGAAACUCAACAAGAUGUUCACCAGGAAUGUGUUCGCUGGACAGACCCUAUAUGUGCCGUCUGGUACGCAGAAGUCAAAGUCACAAGAAAGCUUGAAAAAUUCUCAGAGUCCUGUUAGCAGUGCUCCAUCGAAAGAUGUUCCGACGAUGGAUGUUCCACUGAUAAAGAUGGCAGACAAACCGCCCUUAAGGAUCCCCGGUCACGCUGAGCGGGUCCCCACCCCGGUAUCCUCACCCACAGAGAACAAGGAGUUCCAGGCCCCCCACAAACUGUCGGAGGAGCAGGCCCGAGAGUUGGACCAGGAGUGUUACGAACGCUUCAUCAAAGUCAACGCCAAACACAUCACCGAUGGCCAGGGUGUGGUUAGUGGUGUAUUGCUAGUGACCCCUAACGCUGUCAUGUUUGACCCAAACGUGUCUGACCCACUGGUCCUAGAGCGGGGGUCGGAGAGGUACGGAGUCAUCGCCCCCAUGGAUAUGGUAGUCAGUGCUGCCAUGUAUCACGACAUCGCCGCAAUGAAGGUCAAGGGCAAAAGGGAGGGUGGGAAGAAGCCAGAGGUGUACCAUGAUAAGAGCUGUCUUCAGUUCAAGUCAUGGUGUGAAGGUCAUCCAAACUUUGAGGUUGCUCGAGCGGCGUCAGAGGCGGGCUUUGUGGGAGAGAAGAAAGAGGUCACCCUGAGUACGUCCACCAAUCCUGUAAAAGACACCAUCAGUCCACAGUCAGACACCGCAAGCCUGUGUUCGUGUGCCACUAGUCAGGGAGAGGGGGGCAUGUCAGCAACCAGCUCCCCUGUCGCCAAGGACAACGGUCAGUCCAAGCUUCCUGGUGCCAGUCACAUGACCGGCAGGGAGGGACUGGGUGAUAAUUGUGGGGAUUUUCAGGUCGUGUCUGACCAUGAGUUCGGGGAAUUUGUCUCCUCUGAGUCUGACUUACAAGAGUUUGAAAAAGUGAAAAUUAACUCCUCCCCUGAGAGUGGGUCAGUCAAAAAAGAUUCAGGUCAAUCUGAAGUUUCAAGGUCAGGCUAUUUAAAAAAUGAACCUGAUCUGAUCUCGUUUGAGUCUGAGUCAAAGCCUGUGUUUUUCAGUGGAAAUGAGAGUGAUAGAAUUAAUGAUCCUAGUCCUGUACCAGGGUCAUCGCCAAAAGAAAUGAGAAUAGGGAACAUAGUGUACCUCCCUGUAUCAGAGAGUUCUCAAGGGGAGGUAACUGCUAAAGACAUUGAGUCAGCCCAGGUUGCUUUAUCCAAGUUAAGUGUCGAAGAAUUUGAACAACAAAAGUCAAUAUCUCAGUCCACUUCCCCCAUGGAUAUUCCAGUUGUUCAACAAAGUGAAAGUAGAUCUGAAAGUAGGUCUGCUUCCUUUGGGUCAUUUAACGUAGCUCCGCAUUUGAAUGCGUUUGUAAAUUAUGCAACAGGAUUAUUCAAAGGUGGUUCUGAGGUAAAAGACAUAGGGGAGGUAAUUGAAGAUCACGAUCCCAGUAAAGAAAAUAAGUCAAAGUCAGACAUUCUCGAUUUAAAAGGGAAAAGCGACAUGAUCAAACAGAGGUUGUUCUCCCUUGGCUCCAAGGAGAAAUCGGAUCCAUCAGGGGCGGAUCUAGAGGUGGCGGUGGAGAAUGCGGUGAAGCUGGCCGAUAAACCCGAGUUGUUCCAGUCCUUCGAUAAAAUGUUACAAAACAUAAAUGAUAGACUGUCGUGGAGAUACAAACUGAUCCCCCGCCCUGCCGUAGCGGCUGAGGAUCCACCCCUGUACCUGUGUCUACACCUGGGGAAGCCCCUCAAUAAAUCGGUGUCUGGGACGGCCCCUAUCCAGGCGUUCUCUAAAAUGAAGAAGAAACCGGAGUAUUGGUUCUCCAUUCCCAGAGAAAAGGUCGACCAGUUGUACGCAUUUUUUGUCCAGUGGAAACCGGAGCUCUAUGGAGACGAGGAGGAAAUUUCUGCAGAGAGAAGGGGCUUCGUUGUCCUCGAGGAUGAUGAUAAGGAGGACUCGGAAGAGAUGGAGGUUUUUGAGGAAUACUUCAACAACGGAGUCACAGCAUUACAGAAAGACUGGGAGUUCCCCCAGCAUCGGAUAAUCAGCGCCGAGGAGGCCAUCAGGAGGAAAUCGGUCGACUCGGAGGACGUUCUGAUUCUACCUGAACUGGUUGGGACCUCCACCAUCAUGCAGGACUAUCAUCUACAAAUGCUGAGUCGGUACAUGCCUGCUCGGACCAUCGGUUACCCUUGGAGGCUGAUCUACAGCACGGAACAGCAUGGCUUCUCCCUGAAGACCCUGUACCGAGACAUGCAGGGGGUGGACAGUCCGGUCAUGCUGGUGGUCAAGGACACCAACGACAAUAUCUUUGGUGCUCUGACAUCGUGUGAACUGAAACCAAGUGACCAUUUCUAUGGAACUGGCGAGUCCUUCCUGUUUACAUUUUACCCAGAAUUCAAGGUUUUUAAGUGGACGGGGGAUAACAACUUUUUUAUCAAGGGCAAUCAGGAAAGUCUGUCAAUAGGGGCCGGACAGGGUUUGUUUGGGUUGUGGUUUGAUGGAGACUUGUACCACGGGCAGACUCAUCGAUGUGACACCUACGACAAUGACAUUCUGACAUCAUCCGAAGACUUCAUCGUCAAAGUUCUGGAAGCAUGGAUAUUCACACAGGAUUAGCUCAGCCUCUACAGGAACCGUGGGAUGCCGGCAGUGUCAGCAAUAAACAGACUCGGAACUGACCUAGAUAAUCCAAACUGCUGAAGCUAACAACGUAGUGGCGUGUCCGAGGUAACCGCGGAGCUCAGAUUCUGGUGGAUUUUGCAGUAUUUGUUUUUUCAUACCUUGGAACUGAAAUAAGUUUAAUAGAAAGGUUGUUGAGAGAAAUUUCCAAAAUACUUUGGUUUGAAAGUUUUCCAAGUGGAAUAGUGCAAUUUUUUUCAUAAAUUGUUAAAUCUGACAUUUAAAUACUUUGAGAAUCAAUUCUGAGGCAUUUAAAACUGAGUUUAGUGGGAGUUUUGAUUGAAAUAUUUUAGAAUUUUAUCCUAACAUCACUCUUACCUAGUAGAUGUUCAACAUAGGAAUACUGAAGAUCACAUUUAUUUUGCCAGAUUUUAAUUUACAUGAAAGCAAGUUUUUGCAAAUCAUUAUUCAGAAGUAUUGACUUAUGUAUAUAUAAAUUUCUUGAAUACUUAAAGUGAUUUACAGUAUUAAGUUUGGUAAUUACCUGGAAGAGAGGUCUAUCGGAACAUAUGACAGUACAAAGUUAAUUAAAUACAGAACCAGUUCACCGAGGAGGGUUUCUCAAAUCACCGUAAUUUUUUUUCUUGGGUGGUCAUCAUGAUGUAGAAUUGUUCUCCUGAACAGUUAAGUAGAUUUAGAUCUACAAAAGAAUUAACAAAUUGAAUAUUAUGACUUAAUGUACUCUUUCUGUCUAUGAUACUUGUGCAUGUAUUUACAAAUUGGUCACUUUACUAGGAUUAUAAAGUCAAACUUUAUUUUGUAUUUGUGUUCAGUUUAUUGUACUACUGGAUUCUGUUAGAGUAGUUAAUAUCUAGUCAUAUCGCCAGGCUUCCCAGAAAACUCAGUGCUCUGCCCACUUCUUGUGCUCACUUUUCUAGAAAUUUAUAUCUCUGUAUCUCUGGAGGUAAUUCAUUGUUAUUGUAACAUACUUCUAACCCCCUCACAUCCCCCCCCCCCCCCAACCCCCGUAAAAGCUAAUAAGCAGGCAAUUUACCUCUCAUCCUGUUUGAGUUAACUCCUUCUUUCAGGGCAUGGUUUUUUUAACAUAAGACGAUCAGAUGAAUUAGAAAGUUAGUCAUUCUUGUGAUGGGUAGUUGUAUAGUGUAAGCAAGGGACAACCCCAUUUACAUCAAAGUUAGGUCCUAAACGUAUGCUUGCAAAGUAUUUAUGUGAUACAUUGUAUAACCAUUUUUCCAUGGCUUUUAUUUGUUUAUCUGUAAUGGUAUUAUUUUUUUGUUGUUGGCUUGUUAUGAAAGUGCUACUUUACAUCUUAUGUUAAACUGCAUUAUGCUAAGAUUCUAAAUGUUCUAUUGACUUAUCUAACUCUCGAUUGAAUCAUUUCAUUUAAAAUGAAGAGAACCAUUUUUGCGCAUAAAAGAAAACUCAUAUUCUUUUUCUUGCAAUAUAAUGUAAAAACAAAGUUAAGGAGUUUAAAUUAAGAACUAGAAUCUCUGGACAGAAUGGAGGUUCAAGUCGUUGUUACCAUGGUAACAGUGUUAGCACUUUAUACGACUCUGUGAUAAAUAUGUAUGUACCUUUGUGUGUUGUCGAGCAUCUGUAUAUUGACUUUGUUAUAUUCCCAAUACUUAUAAAGUAUUGUGUAUGUAUGUGAUUUCUUAUAUUUGUAUUUGUGAUAUCUGUUAUGGGCCUGCCCAUGGUGAUAGGGGCUAUGUCAUGAACACUUAAAGGGUCACAAUUAAAUCUGGAAAAAGUUAACUUGUCCAGGGAAUUUAGUGAUAAAAAUUCAACAUGUUGAACAUUCCUGAUGAAUAAUUUUGUAUGCUGAAAUUGUGUUCUUAAAGACCUUGUUUUUUGUAAAUUCAGAAAGGGGUGUUUGAUAUUUCUUUGUUACAAUAAAUGUUUUCAGGAGGAAAGAUAACUGUGGAAAAACAUGAAUAGUAUGGACAAUAUUAAUUAAUUAGAGAUCUCUAGGAAUGUAUAUAUAAUGCAAUUGUUACACAUUUUAUCUUUAUUAAUUGUAGGAUUGUGAAGCAUACACUCUGCAUUAGUUUGUGCACAAUAUAUUCAAUGUCGUGUAAACAGUACAGCACAGAUUGCCUGCAUUCACACUAAAGAAACAUUUUCUCUUUAAGCAGACAGGACUAUAUUAGUCUCUUGUUGACAAAUUGUUAACCAUUUUUACUUAAUAUUUUUUUUCAUAAUUCUUGAAUAUAUGAACUCCUAGACCUACACUGGCACAAACAGUGAACUAUUGAGGGUUUAAAAUAUCAGUUCUGUAUGAAGGCAUUUCUGUGACUGAUAUUCAAAUUCUAAAUGUUUGACAAGAGAAAGGAUCUCUGGGUAAAAAUAAAGACAAGCAUUCCAUGUAGAGGAUAUGACAUGUCAAAAGUUAUAAAUAAAACUAGGAUGUUUC